AAACCUUGCAAACCCAAACCCAGCUGUAACAUCUCUCCAUCUGCCUUUCGCCCGCAUGUUCUCUCUCGCGAUCGCAUCCGACUGUGGUCCGCCCCGCAUUCGAACUCAUUUCAUCUUGCUCUUCUUGACGAACUCUCCCCUGACCCUGCCUUACACCUUCUUGACGUGCUGCUCGCGUCCGUCGAACCAAAGACUCGAGAGAACUACGGCUCUGGUUUGCUUCGUUUUCAUCAAUUUUGCGACUCUCUCUCUAUUACUGAAGAGAAACGUAUGCCAGCGUCGGAGAUUCUUCUUGCCGCCUUCAUAGCUCACUGGGCUGGAAAGGUAGCCGCAACCACAGCUGACAAUUGGUUAGCCGGUCUGCACUUUUGGCACCAAUUCAAUAACGCGCCGUGGCACGGUGAUAGCCUUCUUCGUAGAUCGAAGACAGGUCUCUCUAAGCUCGUCCCGGAUUCUUCUAAGCGUCCUCGUCGUCCUCCUGUAACCAUUGAACAUAUGCACGCCCUUUUUUGUAAUCUUGACAUGUCAAAUUCUUUCGACUCUGCCGUUUAUUGUACAGCCUCUGUGGCUUUCUGGUGUUGCUGCAGACUCGGCGAACUCGUCGUCCCAUCGGCAAACGUGUUCGAUCCCUCUCGUCACAUCGCGCGUUCUUCCCAUGUCAGUCGCAACACGGCAGCUAAUGGCACCAUGUUUUCGGUUUUUCACAUUCCAUGGACGAAGACAACGCACGGAGAAGGUGCAGAUAUAGUUGCCACGAAAUUGGACGACCCAACCAACCCAUACGACGCGCUGGUUCACCACCUUUCUGCCAACUCAUCAGUUCCUCCUCACGCGCCCUUUUUCGCAUUCGAGACGCCCGACGGUUGGUCACCCAUGACUCGCACCUGGUUCAUCACACGCUGCAACAAUGUUUGGGCAUCCGCAGGUCUGCCUCUGCUGACAGGACACUGCUUUCGUAUAGGAGGUGCAACGGAACUCUUGUUACGAGGCACUAGCACACCGCCCGAUAUUGUAGCAGCACAAGGUCGUUGGAAAUCCAGAGCGUUCUUAGAGUACUGGCGUCGUAUUGAGUCAAUUCUCCCCCUUUUUAUCACUAAUUCAUUCAAUAGUUCACGUAUGUCUCUUGUACACUCUUCCAUGGACUCAUAUCGUCGUCUUUAC